UCAUUAGCUAUCCAUUGCGCCUGUGCAAUUCUUCUACCAACAACUGCACCCGACCAGAGUCAUAACAAUCGUCCAAAUAAAUAAUUUUGACCAAAGCCAAACUGGUCAUUAAAGCCAGCCUGUGCGUGGAAUCUUGGUUUUCUCGAUAACCUAACAAAAAGCUAAAUAGUCUGGAGACAUGAUUUGGAAAUUAUAAAUUCAUGGAGGAUAACACGGUUAUCAAUAUCCACCCUGUCGAAGAUUCGGUGAAAAUGGGCGAUUAUGCACCGAAGAGUUUUUUUUCCCCCAAAAUAUAGGGAAUGAUUCAACUGGCCGAAAAGGACGAACAGUAUCGCAGUUCCCGAAACGUGAAGUGACACAUUAAUCCCCAAAUUGGAUACUAGCUAGACAGCUACGCCACUGUCCACAGAUUGCUAGUUGAUCACUACUGCCAACCAUCUUCCGAUUCGGAUCGAUCGGCUAUGGCUAGUAACAUCACCAGCUCGGCUGCAAGCUAGUUUGCUAAAUUAGCAAGGCUAACUUUGUUGCCAUCAACAACGUCCGUUCAGAACUUGGAAUAAUUUCCAUUUGACAACGCAAGCUUGCUAGUUAGCAUUUGAAGUAUAUUUGGUUUCGUGAAUUUUGGCUUUUUUAAACUUGAUGUCCGAAAGAGCAAGCCUGCUAGUUAACGAUAGCUACUUGCUUAGGCAGCUGCAGACGGCUAGCUAGCAGCUAUCAACAUCUGCACACGACCGAUGCGAUGGUCGCAUUGUUAACUGUUUUGGUAGAGGAAUGCUCAUUGCGUGGAUAUUCUGAGGCAGCGGGCCGCACAGAAUAUUGCACCUCUCAGUUCCAACCACGGGCUACACUAUAUACUGUUUUGAUGUGAAGAGUGGCCGUGAACACACAUCGCUCGCUGGCUGCAAGAUAGCGCACGAAGACGAACAGUUGAAGCUAUGCAAGCAGCCCAGGUUCAGUACGACUUUUUCAGCGAGGAGAACGCACCGAAAUGGCGGGGGCUAUUGGUACCCUCCCUGAACAAGGUGCUGAGCCAGGUGCAUCCCAAGCUGUCGUCCCAGGAGGAUGCGCUGCAGUACAUCGAGGAGCUGAUCCUGCUGCUGCUCAGCAUGCUCUGCCAGGCACAGCCACGCAGCGUGCAGGACGUGGAGGAGCGAGUGCAGAAGAGUUUCCCUCACCCUAUCGACAAAUGGGCUAUCGCUGAUGCCCAGGCGGCCAUUGAAAAGAGGAAGAGGAGGAAUCCUUUGGCCUUGCCCGUGGAUAAGAUCCACCCGCUGCUCAAGGAGGUACUAGGGUACAAGAUUGACCACCAGGUGUCGGUGUACAUCGUGGCCGUGUUGGAGUACAUCUCAGCAGACAUCCUGAAGCUGGCAGGGAACUACGUGAGGAACAUCCGCCACUACGAGAUCUCCCAGCAGGACAUCACCGUGGCCAUGUGUGCCGAUAAGGUUCUGAUGGACAUGUUCCACCAGGAUGAGGAGGACAUCAGCGGUUUCCCCCUGAUGGACGAGGAGCCAUCCACCAAUGAGGAGCAGACCUACUACGACCUGGUCAAGACCUUCAUGGCCGAGGUCCGACAGUACCUGCGCGACCUCAACCUCAUCAUCAAGGUGUUCCGCGAACCCUUCGCCUCCGACGCCGUGCUUUUCCCCCACCAUGACGUGGAGAACAUCUUCAGCCGCAUCGUGGACAUCCACGAGGUCACCCUUAAGCUGCUGGGCCUUAUUGAAGACACGGUGGAGAUGACAGAUGAGGGGAGCCCACACCCGCUGGUGGGCAGCUGCUUUGAAGACCUGGCCGAGGAGCUGGCCUUCGACCCCUACGAGACGUAUGCUCAAGACAUCCUGCGGACUGGCUUCCACGAUCACUUCCUCAACCAGUUGUCUAAACCGGGAGCUGCCUUCUACCUCCAGUCUAUAUGCGAAGGCUUUAAGGAAGCAGUCCAGUACGUCCUGCCCCGGUUGCUCCUCACGCCGGUCUAUCAUUGUCUCCACUAUUUCGAGAUCUUAAAGCAACUAGAGGAGAAAAGUGAGGACGAGGAGGACAAAGAGUGUCUGAAACAGGCCAUCACGGCGCUGCUCAAUCUGCAGAGUAGCAUGGAGAGGAUCUGCUCCAAGAACAUGGCCAAGAGGAGGCUGAGCGAGUCGGCCUGCCGCUUCUACAGCCAGCAGAUGAAGGGCAAGCACCUGGCCAUCAAGAAGAUGAACGAGAUCCAGAAGAACAUUGACGGCUGGGAGGGCAAGGACAUCGGCCAGUGCUGCAACGAAUUCAUCAUGGAGGGGACGCUGACACGCGUGGGCGCCAAGCACGAACGGCACAUCUUCCUCUUCGACGGCCUGAUGAUCUGCUGCAAGUCCAACCACGGCCAGCCGCGCUUGCCUGGCGCCUCGUCCACCGCCGAGUACCGCCUCAAGGAGAAGUUCUUAAUGCGCAAGGUUCAGAUCAACGACAAGGACGACAAGGAGGGCGAGUACCGCCACGCCUUUGAGAUCAUCCUCAAAGACGGCAACAGCGUGGUGUUUGCCGCCAAGUCGGCCGAGGACAAGAAUGGCUGGAUGGCGGCGCUCAUCUCACUGCAGUACCGCUCAACGCUGGAGCGCAUGCUGGACUCGGCCAUGCUACAGGAGGAGAAGGAGGAGCAAAUGAGGCUUCCCGGGGCGGAGCUUUACCGGUUCGCCACGCCCGACUCUGAGGAGAACGUGGUGUUCGAGGAGAACGUGCAGUCCAAGUCGGGCAUCCCCAUCAUCAAGGCGGGUACAGUGCUCAAGCUCAUCGAAAGGCUCACCUUCCACAUGUAUGCAGAUCCAAAUUUCGUCCGAACAUUUCUAACAACCUACAGGUCCUUCUGUAAACCUCAGGAGCUGCUGGGUCUUCUUAUGGAGAGGUUUGAAAUUCCCGAGCCGAAGCCCACAGAGGCGGACCAGAUGGCCAUAGAGAAUGGAGACCAACCUCUCAGCGCCGAACUCAAACGAUUUCGCAAGGAGUUUGUCCAGCCAGUCCAACUCAGGGUACUGAAUGUAUGUCGCCACUGGGUGGAGCACCACUUCUAUGACUUUGAGCGGGACUGUCAGUUACUCAAGUGUCUGGAGGAGUUCAUUGCAUUGGUGCGAGGCAAGGCCAUGAAGAAGUGGGUGGAGUCCAUUACCAAGAUCAUCCAGAGGAAGAAGCAAGCACAGGCCAAUGGGCCCAGCCACAACAUCACCUUCGAGAGCUCGCCACCGCCCAUCGAGUGGCACCUCAGCAAGUCGGGCCAGACAGACCAGUUUGACCUCAUGACCCUCCACCCCAUUGAGAUCGCCCGGCAGCUCACACUGCUCGAGUCCGACUUCUACAGGGCGGUGCAGCCGUCAGAGCUGGUGGGCAGCGUGUGGACGAAGGAGGACAAGGAGCUGAACUCGCCCAACCUUCUGCGCAUGAUCCGCCACACCACCAACCUCACGUUGUGGUUCGAAAAGUGUAUCGUAGAGACGGAGAACCUGGAAGAGCGGGCAGCGGUGGUGGCGCGUAUCAUCGAGAUCCUGCAGGUGUUCCAGGAGCUCAACAACUCACACUCGGCACCGAGUCCCAAUGUCAGUGCUCCCCAGUGUCUCCAGAGCCAGACGGGACCCCCGCACCAGCUGAGGCAGAGGGAGCACCUACAACAGUCGAUCCAUGGGAACCCCUACAACUAUCAAUCCAGUGGGAACCCCUACAACUAUCAAUCCAGUGGGAACCCCUACAACUAUCAAUCCAGUGGGAACCCCUACAACUAUCAAUCCAGUGGGAACCCCUACAACUAUCAAUCCAGUCGUAUUCCCGGCACCAACCAAGCGAGACGGAAUCCCCAUAUCUUUACAACUGAACCUAAUCCCCACACCAACAGAGCCAGGCAAACCCUCCACACCAGCCAAUCCAGUGGGAAUCCCUACACCAACCAAUCUAGUGGGAACUCCUACAGCAAUUGA